CUCCUCCUCCUCCUGCAUUCAGACAUGAAAACUUGUUUCCACUCGCCUCAGAAGCAGUUCAGCCUGGAGGGGCGUCCAGUUUACGGCACUGAAGAAGAAGAAGAGGAAGAAGUAGUAAAAAAAGAAGGAGUAGAAGUAGAAGGAGUAGAAGUAGAAGGAGUAAAAGAAGGAGUAGAAGUAGAAGGAGUAAAAGAAGGAGUAGAAGUAGAAGGAGUAAAAGAAGAAGGAGUAGAAGUAGAAGGAGUAGAAGUAGAAGGAGAAGAAGAAGAAGGAGAAGAAGAAGAAGGAGAAGAAGAGGCUUCGUCUCAGCAUGCUCGUCUCCAGGUUCUUCUGCCGCUUCAAACCUCCAGGACUCAGAAUCUUCUCCUCCGAUCCGGUCUGGUCCGCUGGUGUCAUGUCCGGGUUCAGCAGUCAGCCCCCAUCCAGAGAUGUGUUUGUCCGCUACAGCUUCGGUCGCCCCGUCCUCUCUCUCCGUCUCCCUGCCGGUCAGCAGUGUCGCUUCACUGUGACGCCCAUGUUGACCACAGUCGGUGACCUCCUGCGUGACAUCACAGCCAAGGACCCUGGGGUGCACACAGCCGCCCUGCUCAACGGAGGCGGACAGAGAAUCUCUUCGUGCACCUUCAUGGAAAACGUUUUAAAUGAAGACUUCCAGCUGGUCAUCAACGGCAUCACACACAGCGUGCGCUCUCUUGGACAAGGCUCGUCUCACGAACACAUGCUGGGCGUGGACGACAUGAAGUACGUGGUCCGCCUGCUGCAGUCAGCGCUGACGCUUCCUCAGCGCCAGCACGCCGCGCACGCCGAGCUGCUGGCGGCACGCGAGCGGCUUGCGGAGCAGCUGCAGCCGCUCGAGACGGUGAGAGUCAAGAUGGCGCAGGAGGCGGAGUCUAGAGCAUCACUUCUGGGGUGGGCGGGGCUUGCCUACCUGUCCCUGCAGGGAGGAUUCCUGGGUUACCUCACCUGGUAUGUUUUUGCAUGGGACGUUAUGGAACCAGUCACCUUCUUCAUCACCUGCAGCACCAGCAUGAUGUUCUUCGCCUAUUAUGUCCUCACCAAACAGGAUUUAAUCUAUCCGAAUGUGCGAGAUCGUCAGUUCCUUCACUUCUUCCACCUGAGAGCAUCUCAACAGAAAUUCAAUAUAAAAAAAUAUAACGAGCUCAAAGAAGAGCUGGCAAAGGUGGAGGGGGAUCUCAGCACUUUGAGGAGUGCCAUCCGGCUGCAGGUGGAUCCGCCUCAACCACAGAAAGCUGCCUGAUAUUUAACUUUGUUCUUUUUAUGUGACAUUAAAUGUCACUUUUGCACAUUUUUGUACUUUUAUUUUUUUGCUUUUGUCAAAUGUUUAAAAAAGAAACACAAUGCAAUAUAAAGUUCUGAUUCUGCAUUGUUGUGCA